AUGGGCAAGCCCUUUCUCAGCCGGCACUUCCUGGCAGAGCAGGCCUCGUGCCUGGCGGGCAUCCCGUUUGCGGCGGCGGGGGCUGCUGAGGAGGGCGUGGCCACCACGCACAACCUGCUGGCGCUGGGCACGUGGUGCCAGGACGCGCAGGAGUCGCGCCUGACCUUGCUGGACCUGGCUGUGGGCCACAGCGGGGACGAGAUUGUGCGGCAGCCAGCCAUGGCCCGCCUCGCAUCCUUCCAGCACCGCGGCCGCGUGGCGGCGCUCGAGGCGAGUGGGGCGGCUGUGGCUGACUGCGGCGGCGGCGCGGUGCUGGUGCUGGCGGGGUCUGGCGACGGCGCCGUGGCGCGCCUGCGCCUGCAGGUGCCCACCCAGCCCGGCUCCCUGCCCGCCGACAUCCAGCUGAGGGAGGAGGAUUUCGACGGCGCGCUGCUGCUGCCCUGGCUGGAGCCGCACGCCGGCGCCGUGACGGCUCUGGCCGCCAACCCAGACCGGCGCGAGCUGCUGAGCGCCGGUGCCGACGGCAGCCUGGCCCUGGCCCCGCUAGAGGCGGGCGACGGUACCGCCGGCAGCCGGCUGUACGGCAGUGCCGGCGCCGUCACCUUUGCGGCGGCGCGCUGGAAUGGGCCGCACACGGCAGUGACCGGCAGCCUGCAAGGCCUGGUGCACGUGUGGGAUGCGCGGCAGGCGGGGCGCCCAGCCCUGCAGCUCCUGCAGCCGGCAGCCGGCUCUGCGGCGGCAGCGGGAGCGGGGCUGGGCCUGGCGGCCCCCGCCCCCGCCAUCACCUGCCUGGACGUGCACCCCGCCCAGCACUUCUGUUGCGCCACAGGAGGGGACGACGGCGGCGUGGCGGUGUGGGACCUCCGCGCCGCCUCCUCCUCUGGGGCUGGAGGGUCUGCUGCUGCAGCCAGCCCCGGCACCGCCGCGGCGGCGGCGGCGGCGCAGAAAGCGGCGGUGACGUGCUGCUCUGUGGGCGGCGGCGGCCCCGGCGACGUCCCCGCCGCUGUGUGCGACGUGCGGUUUGAGGGCGCGGGCGGCAUCGGCAGUGGCAGCCGGCGGCUGGUGUUCUGCACCGCCGGCGGCGCUAUCGGAGUGCUGCGGGAGGCGGCGGCGGGGGCGGCGCCGCGGCUGCUGUUCCGGGAGCCGGCCGCGGCGGUGCGGGCGUGCUGCCUGGGCGCCGCGGGGCCCUGCUCCCAGCUCUUCUCCGUCACCGACCAGGAGGGGCUGGUCUACAUGGCUAAUGCACUGUGA